GACUGAUGCAUGGUUUACAUUGUACGAAUUUUUAGAAAAAAAUGGUGACAGGGACCAUCACUGCAGUACGUUUUGUUACUUCCUGAUACGGAUAGGAUAUUUUGAAUCACCUAUAUCUGUAUCUGUUUAGUUUUUUACUUCAGUCUUGUCAGAGGUAGUCAUGAUUUUCAAACUGUACAGAGUGUUUUAUUUAUGCAUAUUGUUCACAGCUCUCACCUGUGGUGAUAAAGUAAACUCUGCGACAGUUACUUGCCCUGUAUUGGAUGCUCCAGCAGGUGGCCACAUCAAGCUACCUCCCUCAAGAAAUCUGCUUUCUGAGGCUGAAUUUGGGUGUGACCCUGGUCUAACGCUGUCUGGAAGUGACAAGAGACAGUGCCAGGGGGAUUCUACCUGGAAUGGGGUUCAGCCAGUAUGUUCAAUACCCUCAUCAUUAUGUCCAAAUCGUUUGCUGGUUUCAACUUUCCACAACUGCUGUUAUGAAUUCCAACUGAACUUCACGAAAUGGGAAGCAGCAAAAAUCAUGUGUGAAGAACAGAAUGGGACAUUGGUGGACGCCAGUGUUGAGGGUGUGGUCCAGUACCUGGGCUGGCAGGCUGAGAAAAUUGGAUUUGAAUAUUUCCACACAUUGCAGAAAACAGUAAUACUUCUUAAGAGUUAUAAUGGACAGUGGACAAAUAGUAGUGUUCUAAGAAAUAUUUGGAUACUUCCCUUCAUUUGUCAGUAUGGGCCAUAUUAUGUUAAUGAGCAGACAACACACCCUGUAUAUAUUAGUACUAGCACUGGCACUGGCACUGGCAGUACAGUGACAGCACAUGGUCAGGUGCAAGUGUCAGAUUAUCUACCUAAAUACCUCCUGUGGGUCAUAAUUGGUACAUGUGGUGGGGUGGUGUUGGUUAUGCUCAUGGUCAUCUGUGCUUUACAAAGCAAUCUAAGAGAUCUGAAAUCAAAACUUAAAAACAGUACUGAUGUAGGGGAUGAAGAUAAGGAUAGAGACAGCAAUCUUUCUACUGAUUCUGAUGUGGUGCUUCAUAUCAAUGAUAUAUACAAUAGCGAUGAUUUUGAAGAUAACUCAGUAAGACCAUAG